UCUUAUACUCACUCUUGCUUAUACGUAUAAGAAACAUUACGUGCACAACUCAAGUCUGCAGAAAUUGCAAGUUUGGUGAGUUGCCCAAGCACCCUACUCCCUAAAGGAAGGCUCCCCAUAUACAUCAAGCUCUAGGAGCCGUCUUAGCAACUGGCGACAUAACUCUGUGCGCCCAGCGGCCUCGGCCGCGCCCGGGCGCUGCACACGAGCUUGUUUUUACGCGAAAGAAUUUAGGAGCAAGCUUAAAGGAUGGUAAAAGCGGGAAAGAAGGUCAAGGGAGCCUCAAAGGUCCGUGAGAAUGAGACCGAGGAGGAGAAGAAGAUCCGACUAGAGAUGGAGGCGCUAGCUGCGGAUGAGGCGGAGCGCAAGGCACAGGAAGCAGCACGCGUUGCGCUCAGAGAGCGGCAACUACGGGAGCAGCGAUAUGCGCACUUGAACGGGAUCAAAAUCCACAAUCAAUGGCGGAAAAUCAUGCGAAUGGCCAAGGUGGAGGAGUUGCGGCGAGAGAUAGAAAUCCUGUCUCAAAAUCACGAGCGAGAGGUGGACCGCAAGGACGCCAUUAUGCAGAUGCUGGACCGCGACCUGGAGGAGGCCGAGGAGCAGUACAGUCUGGCGGUGCGCAGCCACAUGCUGGUGGUGGACAACCUGCUGGACCUGCAGUACCAACGCAUGCGCGCUCUGGAGGCGGAGUUCGCUGCGGACCUGAAGGCGCUGGAGGACGAGUUUGAGACAGAGCGGACCGAGAUCGUCAACGCACAUACGCGCCAGCGCAAGGACAUGGGCGACAUGAUUGCGGCCAUGGAGGGCGAGUUCGCGGACGCCGAGGCGGAGCUGCGACAGGAAUAUGAGGCUCAGCGCGAGGAAAUCAAGAACCGCAACAGCGAGGAGUACAACGUGCUCAAGAUCCAAUUGGAGGGGAUCAUUGAGGAGCUGGAAAAGAGCUUUGAGCUGGCGCACCGUGCCUACCUGGAGUCCACGGAGCACCGCACCAACACCUUCCGAACGCUCACCAAGGACGACGCCAAGGCCGCGCUCAAGAUCGAGCGGCAGAUGCGCAAGCUGGUGCGGCUGCAGGAGGCGCUGCAGCACUGGCGCACCAAGAUCGCCACCAAUGGCCGCGAGUGGGAGGAGCGCAACCGGGCGCUGCGCAACGAGAAGGAGAUCAUGGCGCGCCACUACGCCAAGCUCAAGUCGUCCAUGGACGCGUUCAGGGCGGGGCAGGCGGAGCGCCUCAAGCAGCUGUCGCUGGCGUCAUCGGGGGCCAUGGAGACGCUGCGUGGCAAGCUGGCUGUGGCGGAGAACGUGUUGAAGCUGGCGGAGCUGGCGCGCAAGUACGAGACUGAGCAGGAGAAGGUGCUGCCGUUCUGGAACCCGGCACAGGCGGUGCCGAGCGGUGAGCAGGGCGACGAGGAGGCCGCCGCGCAGGCGGAGGCAGAGGCGGCAGCGCUGGAGCCCAGUGCGGCGGAGCUGGGGGAGCUGGGUCUGCGGGCGUCCAUGCCCGAGGACAGCAGCAAGGAGGCACCGGGGCCCAGCAAGUCCAGUGCGGGGCCGGGCAAGCCCAAGUUCAGCAGCUACGGACUGGACCCGUCCUCUGGGUCGGAGGUGGACGAAUGGGACUACCUCAACUGCUUCUUCCGACGGUACAACAAGGCCCUGCUGGACAAGACUGCCAUCGACAAGGAGAAGUCCCGUCUGGAGCGCGAGAACGCCGACCUGCGCUCAAUCCUGAAGCAGUACCUGGACGGCAUCAGCGUCAACGACGACGUGCUCAACAACCCCGUCAACCCGCUGCUGGUGGUCAACAACAGGCUGCAGAUCACACUCACGGAGCGGAACAAGGCGCGUGCAGCGGCCAUGGCGCAACGCGCGGCGGCGGCCACCGGAGCCGGGCUCAGCGUUACGGGCCAGGGCGCGGGCGGCGGCGGCCAGAAGCAGUUGGUGGAGGUGCAGGUGGUCUCGCGUGUGAGCUGAGUGCGUGUGGCUGGGGGUUUGAAGCUGGUCAGGUACAUGGCGCGUGCAGGGUUUUGGUGUUGUUGUGUUGGAAGUGUGUUGCUGCGUAAUUGUGUACGUGCCGAGUGCCGUGAGGAGGGAUUGUUGGUGUGGGUGCUGCUGAUGGUUUUGAGCUUAAGAGCGGUCGUACGGGCCGGGCUGGGGAUGGGUGUACUGGUGAUUGCUUGGAGCAUGGGCAGGCGGGCUUGCUAUAUGGCUAGUAGCCUAACACGGGUGUCGACGGGUGUCGCCACAAGCCUUGACCGUGUGUGCUGCGCAGUAUCGUAGAGCGAGCGCACUGCGAUGCCAACAGCCAUGGACGGCAUCCGGCAACCAAGACUAACGAAGGCUAACUUUGUGACCAACUGACCUUGUUGAGCGCAAGACUGUGAACGACAAUGCGUUCGCAUUCCAAUAUGGAAGGUAACAAUGUACGUGGUGUACAAGAUGCCACAGCAGCGCCCCCUGAUGUGUCACGCUUCCUCUCCUUAGUUCCCAAUGGAU